AUCUUUACAAUGAUUAGAGUACUUUGCAGCUGAUGUCACGUUACACUUCUACCACUAUGCCAUACAUGGCGCUAAAAGGAGAAGAAAUAAAUAGUGAUUUUUAGGAAUUUCUGCGUUCAAAAGGCACGCUGGAAACACUUCCGGGUUGUUCGCUUCUCGAAUUGGCUCCGACUGUAGCUUUUUACGCAAAGGUAAUACAACUACAGCUAAUUGUAGUCACUAAGAAGCAUUCGAGCCACUACAGUCUUUCACCGACCUGCAAAAACAUGUUUCCACGUAACUUUGCAUGGGGAGCCGCGACUGCAGCAUAUCAAAUUGAAGGGGGUUGGCAGGCGGACGGCAAGGGUCCAAGCAUCUGGGACACAUUUUGUCAUGAGGAAGGUCGCGUGUGCGGGGCGCAGACGGGUGAUGUGACCUGCAACAGCUAUGAAUUGUGGGAAAAAGACCUGAAAUGUAUCCAGCAACUUGGACUGACGCACUACCGCUUUUCUCUCUCCUGGGCCCGCCUCCUUCCUGAUGGGACCACAAGAAAUGUCAAUCAAAAAGGUGUCCAGUACUACAACAAGGUGAUAGAUGACUUACUCUCAUGUGACAUGUCCCCUAUGGUCACCCUCUACCACUUCGACCUGCCUCAGGCACUCCAGGAGCGCGGAGGCUGGAAAGCGUCGGCCAUCGCCGCCCUCUUUGACGGCUACGCUCGCUUUUGUUUCCAAACGUUCGGGGACCGUGUCAAACUCUGGCUCACCCUCAACGAGCCGUACGUGUGCGCCAAGCUCGGCCAUGAGGACGGCGUCCACGCGCCGGGCCUGAAAGAAGCGGGAACUACGGCCUACGUGGUGGCUCACAACAUGUUACGUGCCCACGUCAUGGCUUGGCACAGCUACAACUCGCUCUACAGGCCAAAGCAGGGUGGUGCGGUGUCCCUGGCCCUCUGCAGCGACUGGUUCGAGCCGUUGUGUCCCGAGAACGCCUCAGAUGUCGCCGCUUCCGAUCGUGCCCUGGCGUUCAAUUUAGGAUGGUUCGCAUGGCCCCUCUUCGUCACCGGGGAUUACCCGGACGUGAUGAGGGUGGCCAUCGAUGCUCAAAGCAGGAAGAUGGACUACAACGGCGACCCGCGACUUCCCGCCUUCUCCGAGGAUGAGCCGUCCGCGUUAGGCACGGCAGACUUCUUUGCCUUGAACUAUUACACAUCCCGGAAGGUCAAACACGGAUGCGUCGGCGAGCGGCGGAUGUGCAUAAAGUGCGACCGGGACACGGAGGACAUUUUGGAUCCCAGUUGGAGCAUUUGUGGCACGCCCUGGUUGGCUGUGGUGCCGUGUGGCUUGCGGAAGCUCCUCAACUACAUCAAGGACACAUUUGGUGACCCAGUGGUCUACAUCACAGAAAAUGGCUUCUGUCAGGCAGGGCCGUUGGUGAUGGAGGAUGCUCAGCGUGGCGAGUUUUACAGGGAAACUAUCCAGGAAGUGGAAAAAGCUGUCAGAGAAGAUGGGGUCAACGUCCGCGGAUACUUUGCCUGGUCGCUUCUAGACAACUUCGAGUGGGCCGACGGAUUCGAUCUUCGCUUCGGGUUGUUCCACGUGGACUUUUCUGACGCCGAGAGGAGGCGAACGAUAUACCGCUCCGGGUUGGAGUAUGCGCAGAUCAUCUCAAAAUACAAAGCUGAGCACUACAAAUGAGGUCAUAUUCUUCCGUCCAUCCAUUUUUUUUUAACCUGUCACUUGAAGGC